CAUUCAAAUCCUUGACCCACCUACACCACUGCCACCUUUUGGAUAAAUAAAGCAGUGCUGUGAUCUCUUUUUAACAGUUUUCUUAUUUAAAUUGCAGCUCAAUGCUGUUUUAAGAAAAAUGAGUACCAUCUAUAGUACUGGGACUGUGUGCAAACCAGAUGAUCCUUUUAAGUGUUUCCCCCUGGAACCAGGUUUGGAUGAAACCAUGGCUGUCAGCACCGAUUACUUAGAAAGGCUAUGGGCUUGGCAAGGCUGGAGAGCGGAUGUUGGCAAGAAGAUGAGGCCUUUAUAUGAAAGUUAUGUCCAACUGAAGAAUGAGGUUGCAAGAGGGAAUGGUUACGCUGACUAUGGAGCUUACUGGAGAGGAGAUUAUGAAAUAAAAUUUCCAGCAGAGUAUCAAUACAGUAGUGACCAGCUGAUUGUUGAUGUGGAGCGUACAUUUGAAGAAAUAAAACCUUUGUAUGAGCAGCUGCAUGCCUAUGUAAGGCAUAAUCUCCAGAGGACCUAUACCUCAGACCGCAUUGACCCAAAUGGAUGUCUUCCUGCUCAUUUACUUGGUGACAUGUGGGGUAGGUUUUGGACAAAUUUAUACCCCUUAAUGGUUCCUUAUCCAAAUAAACCAAACAUUGAUGUAUCUUCCGCCAUGGUGGAGAAGAACUGGAAUGUAACAACCAUAUUUAAAGCUGCAGAAAGUUUCUUUGUCUCAGUUGGACUCUUUGAAAUGACUGAAGGUUUCUGGAACAAUUCCAUGCUUGUGGAACCCGGGGAUGGCAGGAAAGUUGUCUGUCACCCCACAGCUUGGGAUAUGGGGAAAGGAGACUACAGGAUCAAGAUGUGCACCAAAGUGACAAUGGAUGACUUCCUCACAGCACACCAUGAAAUGGGGCACAUUGAAUACGAUAUGGCCUAUGCCAACCUUUCUUAUCUGCUAAGAAGCGGUGCCAACGAAGGCUUCCAUGAAGCUGUAGGAGAGAUCAUGUCCCUUUCUGCAGCCACCCCCAAACAUUUGAAAUCUCUCGGCCUUCUGGAGCCCACCUUUCAAGAAGACAGUGAGACGGAUAUAAAUUUCCUGCUGAAGCAAGCGCUCACUAUUGUUGGAACGUUGCCCUUCACUUACAUGCUAGAGAAAUGGAGGUGGAUGGUAUUUUCCGGUGAAAUUCCAAAAGAACAAUGGAUGAAGAAGUGGUGGCAGAUGAAGCGAGAGAUAGUAGGUGUAGUGGAACCAGUGCCCCACGAUGAGGAAUAUUGUGACCCUGCAGCUCUCUUCCAUGUAGCCAAUGACUACUCUUUCAUAAGAUAUUACACAAGGACAAUUUACCAGUUCCAGUUUCAAGAAGCACUUUGCAAAGCUGCAGGCCACACAGAUGAACUUUACAAAUGUGACAUUACUAAUUCCACAGCAGCUGGUGACAAAUUGGGGGCCAUGCUUGCCUUAGGAAGAUCACGGCCUUGGACCGAGGCAUUAGAAUCCGUGACAGGAGAGAAGACAAUGAAUGCAGCACCAUUGCUCCACUACUUUCAGCCUCUGCGGUUGUGGCUGGAGAAAGAGAAUGCUGGCAGACGGAUUGGCUGGGAUACAGCCUGGACUCCAUAUUCUGAUUAUGCAAUCAAAGUGAGGAUUAGUCUGAAAACAGCACUGGGAAGCAAUGCAUACCCAUGGAAUGACAACGAAAUGUAUUUAUUCAAGGCAACAAUUGCCUAUGCCAUGAGGAAGUACUUUUUGGACCACCAAAAUGAGACCAUAGCAUUUCAAUCAGCAAAUGUCCAUGUAGGUGACGUGACGCCACGAAUCUCCUUCGUUUUUACUGUCAGCAUGCCCAAUAAUGGCACUAAUGUCACAGACUUUGUUCCCAAAUCUCAAGUGGAAGAUGCAAUCAGAUUGUCUCGAGGCCGCAUCAAUGAAGCUUUCCAACUGGAUGACCAAACUCUGGAAUUUGUUGGUAUUCCUCCAACAUUGGCGACACCUUACGAACCCCCAGUCACCAUAUGGCUUAUAAUUUUUGGAGUUGUCAUGGGUGCUGUAGUGGUUGGAAUUAUCACCUUGAUCAUCACAGGGCAGAGGAACCGAAGAAAGAGAAGAGCAGCAGAAAACCAGUUAGUCCAAACUGCAGCAGUCAAUCCGUAUGAGGAAGUUGGAAAAGACAAUCACGCAUUUCAAUCUGAAACAGCAUUCUAAGAAUGAAACCAGAAAAGCUAAUAUGUGUCUUAUUUAUCACUGUGUGUCAAUGCCAGCAAUACAACACACGGAACUGUAUUGCUUCGGAUUGUGUUUUAAAAAUAUAAAGGCUCUGUGUAUGCAGGAGCAGAUGGAGAGAGCGCAUCUGAGUACCUAGUGCAGAACUGAUUGCUGGUGCUCACAUUUAGGCAGACCAACCACCUGUUUUCAGCAGAGAAGGCAUGAACUAGAGACCUACGCUUCUAGGCUCAAUGGACAAAUGAGCUACUCAGCCCCUCCAACAAAGUAAUAGGCACUCUCAAUGCUUAUUAUACCAACCAUCUCUUCAGCAUGGCAUAUGUGGCUCUUGCUCCAGGGUAUCUGAGUGCUACAACCUGAAAUCCAGUCCUAGAAACCCAGAAGGGUAGGAUUCUUGAUCAAGGCAAAA